GACGACGACUCGGACGACGAUGUCGGGCCCAUGCCCCUCCCCGCCGCCGAGGCAGAGGUCGCGGCCAAGAAGCGCAAGGUCCUCAAGCACGAGAAGCUGUACCUCGACCACCUCCCGGCCUCGGACCGCUACUACAAGUCGUUCAUGCACCGCGACACGCUCGCCCACGUCGCCGUCACCAAGACCAACUUUGUCCUGACGGCCUCGAUCGACGGCGUCCUCAAGUUCUGGAAGAAGCAGGCCGACGGCAUCGAGUUUGUCAAGCUGUACCGCACCCACCUCGCGCCCAUCGUCAGCGUCGGCGUGUCGGACGACGGCAAGAGCUGCGCGAGCCUCGGCGCCGACUCGGGCGGCAAGACGGCUGAGGGGCUCGACGUCAAGGGCAGCGCGAAGGUGUUUGACGUCGAGAAUUUUGACAUGAUCAACAUCCUCAAGCUGCCGUACGCGCCGCGCACGUGCGCGUGGGUCCACGGCCGCAACGACGGGCGCACGCUCCUCGCCGUGUCCGACUUUGACUCGUCGGCGAUCCGCAUCUACGACGGCCGCGGCGACGGCAAGCCGCUGCACACCCUGUCGUCGCUCCACCGCGAGAGCGUCCACCUCAUGGCCUACAACGCGCUGUACGACACGGUCAUCUCGGUCGACGUCGGCGGCAUGGUCGAGUACUGGGAGCCGACCGAGCCGUUCGAGAAGCCCGAGCGCGUCGCGUGGACCAACAAGGCCCAGACGAGCCUGUACGAGUUCAAGAAGACCAAGUCGACGCCGGUCGCGCUCACCCUGUCGCCGACCUACGACUCGUUCGCGAUCCUGUCUCUGCCCGACCUGCGCCUCACGACCUUUACGUUCCUCACGGCCAAGCUCCACCGCGCGUACGACGAGUCGCUCCAGGCGGUGCAGGAGAUGCAGCAGGCGGGCACGGCCGGCGUCGCGCUCGACUCGAUGGAGUUUGGGCGCAGGCUCGCCGUCGAGCGCGAGUUGGAGAAGGGGGCGCUCGAGAGUGUCAGGGAGGGGAGGGCGGGCAGCACGGCGAGCGUCGGGCAGCCGGUGUGGGACGAGGGCGGCAAGUUUGUCCUGUACCCGACCAUGCUCGGCAUCAAGGUCGUCAACACGGUGACGAACAAGGUGGCGCGGAUACUCGGCAAGGACGAGACGGUGCGGUUCAUCAACAUUGCGCUGUACCAGGGCCUGCCGAUCAAGAAGGGCGUCACGACCAUCGCCAUGGCCACGUCCGAGAACCCGCUCCUCGCCCCAAAGGACGAGCGCGACCCGACCUUGUUCUGCACGGCGUGGAAGCGCCCGAGGUUCUACCUCUUUACCCGCUCCGAGCCCGAAGACAAGGCCGGCGAGCGCGACGUGUACAACGAGAAGCCGACGCGCGACGAGAUGACGGUCGCCGCACCCGCCGCCACCUCGGCCGCGUCGCUCGCGAGGCGCGCCGUCAUGCACACGACGCUCGGCGACAUCAAGCUCGAGCUGUUCCCGGACCAGGUCCCCAAGACGGUCGAGAACUUUGUCGGGCUCGCGAAAAAGCACUACUACGACGACGUCAUCUUCCACCGUGUCAUUCCCAAAUUCAUGAUCCAGACGGGCGACCCUCUCGGCGACGGCACGGGCGGCGAGUCGCUGUGGGGCGGCACGUUCGAGGACGAGUUCCACCCCUUGCUCAAGCACGACCGGCCGUACACGCUCAGCAUGGCCAACGCGGGCCCAAAGACCAACGGCUCGCAGUUCUUCCUCACGUGCGUGCCGUGCCCGUGGCUCGACAACAAGCACACCGUCUUUGGCCGAGCAACGGCCGGCUUUGACGUCAUCCACAACAUCGAGAACGCGCGGGCCGACAAGGGUGACAAGCCCCUGAAGGACAUCUCGAUCUCCAGCAUCACGGUCGAGUAGAACACGAGGAGCUCUCUCUCUCUCUCGGUUGUAGAUGAGUCACAGCCGGGUGUAACGAUGAAGAGACACUCGA